AUGUCCAUUCCCAUUCAAGAAACAGACAUUACCUCAGAAGAAAUUAAUAUCAAAAUUGCUCAACUGGUUUACAAGGCUUUUCCUCAUCGUUUUAUGGGAGGUAUCUUUUCUUUUUCAAACGAGUCAAUUUCGGAAGAGGAUUUUUAUGAAGAAUCAAUGAACUCGCCAAUUACCUCCGAAGAGGAAAAUGGCAACACCACCACCGAACAACAACAGCUGCAACCACAACAACUAUUGACAACAUCAAUUUACUCUCCCUCAUCACCAUUUCAUUUCGAUCACCAUCAUGACAGUCGUAUUCCUGUGUACAAUUAUGAAAAUAAUGAUGAUACCCUCAAUGGUGAAGAGGAUGACGAAAAAGUUCAAAGUGGUAAUGAAAAUGAUAAUACUUCUGUGGGAUCUUUCUCGAGUGGAAUACCUUCGGAUAUGGUCACUUCGACGACCAUUUCUGCCAUCGAAUCACCAACCAUUAAUCCUCAUCAAAUCAUUCACGGAGAUGGUAAUAAUCCACAACAACAACAACAAUACUUGAUUGAUUCAAUUCCUACAUCCACAAUCAACGUUUCGUGUUCUCUAUCUCGAGAUUCACACCAUGAAAAUGACAUGGCUGGGUUGAAUGAAAAGACGAGGAAUGAUCAUGUUGAAUUUUGGCAACUCAUUCUUCAGAAAUAUAUUCACAUCAAGCAAUUAACUGGGGGUACUACAAAUCGAUUGUAUUUGGUACAUUUUCUUCGUCACAAUCAUGACGACCACAAUGGGGAAGAACAACAUCAUCACCAAAACACCAACACUCUUGACCACCUUUCAAAUCCAAAGAAGGUUCUUGUGCGUUGCUUUGGGCAAAACUCUGAAAAUCUCAUCGAUCGUAAAGCUGAAUUGCACUACAUUCAGCAAAUUUCUUUACAUUAUCCAGAGUUGGCACCGUCCAUUUAUUGCAAAUUUCAAAAUGGGCUCAUCUACAGAUAUUUUGAAGGGAUUGGACUUGAUGAGUUAGGUGGAGCUAAAGAUCAUUAUUUGCAAAUUGCCAAACUUAUGAAGGCAAUACAUUCGAUUCAUGUUCCGUCGUUUCAAAGUGAGUCUUCUUCUUGCAAGCCUCACCACAACAAUCACCGCAACGCACACCAUGUUAAACCUGUUGUGUUUGAGCGAACUCAUCGUUGGCUUGAUCUUUUAAAAAGCAGACGUGAGGAAUUUAACAAGAGUAGUGACUCCAUUCCAAGUGUGCUUGACAUGGAUCAGUUAGAGAAGGAGGUCAACCUCAUCCAAUCCUAUUGCAAAGACUUUCCAGUAUCAUUUUGUCACAAUGACAUUGGAGCUCACAAUAUUAUUUACAACGAAAAGGAAAACCAUUCCUAUCUGCAUUCGAUAUUGGAAAUUUCUUUUGUGAAUUUGGAGGUUUGUGUAUCAAUCCACAAGCAUUUCCAACUAGGGAACAACAAACACUCUUUUGCAAAGCUAUUUUGA